AUGACUCACAACGAUAAUUGGCCGCGCUCCGCAGCAGACGUCAUCCCUGCGCUAACCGCUCCACACCUGACGCGGACCCUCAAAAAGCCCGCGCAAGCGAGAUUACGCACCUUUUCGUUUCCCCCCACCAUGUCGCGCCUAUCCCUCUUCUUACUUUCGCUUUCUAUAGCCUCACAGCCGCUAACGGUCGCUGCAUACGCCGCGGUCGUCCACCACCGGAGCAGAGCGAGCAGGGCAGCCAGAAUCGUGGGUGCGGUCCUGGCCGUUCUCGUUGUCCUCCUCCUCUUUGCCUGCCUCUGCGUCACGCGCCGCCGCCGUGCGCGCCGCCUUAACAACAGCGUCGGCAUUCUUGGCGCUGCGGCCCCUGCCAACACGCACAACGGCGGCAAAUUCGGCUUCGCGAAUCCGUGGAGCAAGCCCUCGCAGGCACACGCGAUGGGGCCGAAUCCAAACCAGAGCGCGUACCCGCAUGGUGGACAACAGUACUCGGGGCAACCGGGCGGGCCGCCGCCGUAUUCGCCCGACGCAAACGUGAAUGGGAGCCAGGCCGUGUACAGUCCGCCACCAGGACCCCCACCAACCAACGCGGACACCAAGCCCGGUUACACCGCACCACCGCCCCAAGCGCACGUCGGGAACGAAACACAUCCCAACGCUGGACCAAACAACUUCGUGGGCGGCUUCCGCCCAUGA